AGGCCAGUUUAAUUGAAGUUUAACUGUAGAUGGUACAACUGGCCCAUAAUAUUAUAUAACAAUAUUAUAAUAUUUUAUUUAUCAUGUCUCUAAAAUCCAUUUGGGUUGACUACUGUGAAAAUGGUUCAAUACAUGGGUUGAGGCACGUUAUUCAGAAAGGCGAGAAACCGUGGAAGAGAUUUAUAUGGAUACUGUUGUUGGUUGUCGCCAGCAUAGCUAUAGUGGUUUUGGUUUCGGCGUCUUUGGAGAAGUAUUCUUACUCUUCAAUGGAAGUUGCUGUUGAUGACCCUCGUUAUCCACUCACCAAGAUUGAUUUUCCUGCAGUUACUAUUUGUCCAAUCAACAAAAUCAUAUAUUCAAAGGCUCUCGAAUUAGUGCUUAAUAAACAUUCCAACGAUUCUGACUUGAGAACUAAGUGGACGAAUUCGUUGAUAGCACUUUCAAGGAUGCAAUUCCCGCAUAACACGAAUCUAUAUUAUAUUAUUCAGAAUACGCCAACAGUCAAAAUACCCCUGGAUGAUAUAUCUGAUCUCAUGCUUAAAUUGGCACCAACCAUAGAUGACAUAUUCAUAAAAUGCUUUUGGAGAGGCGUAGCGGUCAAAUGCAGGAAUAUCCUGCGGCUUCAACGUACCGAAGAAGGGUUUUGUUAUUCAUUUAACAGUCAAACGUCCGAGAGGAGUACAACUGACUAUAACAAUAUUAACCCACCGUUUGUUGGGCCAGAUGGAAUACUCAUUCCACUUCGAAACAACGUGGCGGGCAAAGAGACCGGACUAAAAUUAAUCAUGAGCAACAUGAGCAGCGAAUUUUUCCCAACCGACAAUCGAAGGAGAGGCUUUGACGGCUUGCACAGAAAUAGGCACAUUAUGGAGGAAAGCAAAAGUAUUUUUUCUGAACAGGUGAUGGUACACCCUCCCGAUGGCUUUCCGGACGUGGCGACUGCUUACAAGGUUCACGCGGUACGCGAUCGCAUCACGCGAAUAUCGGUGAGCGUGGCCCAGGUGGAGGCGGACGAAUCGCUCAACCGUCUUGACAUUCAGAACAGCCCGUGUUAUUUGUUCAGAGCAGUUGCGAAGAACCUCAACUCACUGUUUUUCAAGAGCAGCAACGAGAACACGUGUUUCAUCAAGUGUAGGAUGAAGGCCAUCUACCAUGCGUGCAACUGUACACAGUACUUUUUCAAAGUGUACAAAGGUCUCGGAAACCAUUGUGGAAUUGAACACAUACCUUGUUUGAUUGCGAACGAUAUACUUCAACGCAACCCCAAAAUCCCCAAAGGCGAACCAGGAUUUCCCAAAUGGAGUGUACCAUUUUCCAUGAAUUGCAGUUGCAAACCGCCUUGUUCGUUUACUACGUAUACAACCGAGCUCCGGUAUGAAUUUAGACAAUUUAUUAAUAAAGAGCCGUCGUUCUCGAGAUACGAUGUAUUCCUAGAAGUCAAUUACAGAGAACUGUUUGCUACAAGCUAUCGUCGAUCCAUGAGAUAUACCAAUCAAGAUUUGUUGGUGUCUUUUGGUGGAGUGGCCAGUCUGUUUCUCGGUUGUAGUCUGGUCAGUAUAGUGGAAAUACUUUACGUCAUCUACAAGUCAUUCUUGGCGAUAGUGCGAAAUCAAUACAACAAUUACAAGUUAAAAAACAAUCCAGCUCGACCAGAUGCAACUGCAAUAUAAGCGAUCUUAAUAAUUAAGACUUGGAAUUAUAUGCACUAAAAAAUCACAUACAAUAGAAUAUUAUUCUAAAAAAUAAUAGUGUAGCACCAAUGAAUUACAAAUGUCCUCGUCAAAAUCAUGUUUUAAAACAAAUUUAUUAUUUUGAUAAAUUGUUUAAUUUUGUAGUAUAAUAUAGAGAUA